GGGAAAAGGGGGAUUUUUUUUCCCCCGAAAAAAAAGCCAAAAAAAUUAAAGGGAUUAAAAAAAAAGAAGCAACUUACCCCCCCCACUCCUUCCCUCACCCCUUUUUUUAAAGAAAAGAAGAGAAAAAAGCUACCCCAAGAAGUGAGGGAGGGAAGCAGAAGGUGGGGAGGGGAAGGGAGGGGAAAGAAAAAGACCCAUAAUAUAAUAACGAGAGAGACUGAGCGCUCCCCUCCCGCCUUCCUUCCCUCCCUCAGCCCGAUCUCUCUCCCCCCCACCUCCUUCUCUUGAAUAAAUAUUUAUAUGAAAAAAAUAGUGGAUGAUCGAUUUAUCAUGGAGGAUAAGAAAGAUGAGCACGAGUCAGAGAUACAGGAACAUUGCCCCGAACACUGGUUUUCCAAAUGGGAGAGGCAGUGCCUGGCGGAGAGCGAGCAAGAGGAGCAGACCCAGGAGGAGAGGGCGUCGCUAGAGGAAGAGCAGACCCAGCAAAAACUUUGGCAUUUAUUUCAAAAUUCAGCCACCGCCGUCGCCCAGUUAUACAAAGAUCGGGUCUGUCAACAACAAGGGCUGUCACUCUGGGUCCCCUUUCAAAAUGCCGCUUCGGCUGUCACCAAUGUGUAUAAAGAAAGUAUUGAAGCUCAUCGCCGAAGCUAUGACUUAGGAAUUCAGGUCGGUUAUCAACGGCGUAAUAAGGAUGUGUUAGCUUGGGUAAAAAAGCGGAGACGAACCAUUCGACGAGAAGAUUUGAUCAGCUUCUUGUGUGGAAAAGCUCCACCACCACGCAACACCAGAGCUCCCCCUCGACUGACAGUAGUAACCUCACCCACUAGAGCACCCACAACAGAAACUAGUUCAUCUGUAGAGACUGACUUGCAGCCUUUUCGUGAAGCCAUUGCACUGCAUGGUCUUAGUGGAGCAAUGGCUAGUAUAAGUGUACGCUCAAGUACUCCAGGGUCUCCCACUCAUGUGAGUGGUAGCUCCAAUACUUCUCGCAGGAGAAAUGGACUCCAUGAUGUGGAUUUGAACACUUUCAUAUCAGAAGAAAUGGCACUCCAUUUGGACAAUGGUGGCACUAGGAAGCGUACCUCAGCCCAGUGUACUGAUGUCAUCACAGACUCCCCAACGCACAAGCGCAAUCGAAUGCUUUGAACUUUUAUAUGAUUGCUGUGCUACUUGAAAGCCACUUGAUACUCGACACUUUCUUGAAUGGAAAUGGAGGGCCAUCAUACCUUGUUUGAUUGUGAAAGUACAAGUGAAUUCAAUAAUGAUUGCCGUAAAGGAAGUUCUAACUUAAUGCAGUAGAUGCCUCUUGUAAUUAUGGCUUUUCCAAUACUGGUCUUGUGACAGAGGACAUCCAAUCAUUUGUGUGGUAGUUAGCAAGAUCAUCAUAGGUGAACACAUUAGAUUCCAAGCUAAAGUGACCUUAACUUGAUUCCUUUUAAAGGGAAGGGUAACAUUGGAUGUUAAUUUGGUUAAAACUGUUAAUUGCCCGUUUUUUCCUUCUAUGUUGACUGUCUGCUUCAACAGUAUUGCCAGUAUAUCACUGAUAGUCCGUUAAAAUGGCAUCUUCCGUUAAAUCUGCAGACUUCCAUUUUACAGCACUGUACUAAGACACUACUGGUUUUUGUAUAGUGCAAGCAUAUAAGUUGUAUCAAUAUUGGACUAUUUUUAGUUAAACUCAAGCAGCUGCUAAUUCUGUGGAUUGUGGAAAUGGUGCUAUGAUGGUCAUGCAAUUAAUACUAAAUAUCAAAUCAACAUAAAGAUCUUUAUUGGAUUCACUUCUUGUGUUUUAAGUGUUGCAGAAAUUACAACAAUAAUAUUGACUUUCCCAUAAAAAUUCUAAAAACUCUUGUUUAAAUAUAUAAAUAUAUAUAAAUAUAUGUAAUGUAUAUACUAAGCAUUUGAAUGCUGGUAUAGUACUCGUGCUACAUAAUGUAAAUAAAAUGUGCACACCAAACCCUGGAGUGGAUAUCCGAAAUCAGAACUGCAUCAUGCUCUGUUUAAGCAUUUCCUUCAUGUAGUGGAGCUGGUCCAAUUAGAUAAUUCACAGGACAGAGUUGUUGACAGUGGGUUUAAAAAAAUCAUACUCAGUUACUUGUGAUCUGUUUGCUUUAAAAAUUGUCUGCAGUCAUCUGUUAAAUGAGGUGACUUUUUUCAUGACGAUAUGUUUGUGUAAACAUACUUGCAUAAACCUGGAGAAUUGACUUUUUUCAAGCCAAUUUGUCACAAACUGCAACAUUUCUAUAACUUCUGCUUGCAUUUUUAUGGAGUGAUGCUUGAAAAAUGAUACUUCAGCUUUUUCAAGUCUGUUUUUGGAGAAAUUUUAACGUGAAUUCACACUGUGGUAAGCAGGCUUAGCAAAAACAAACUUGUCAUAUAUUGUAAGUUUAGUGGCGCAACCCUUUAGUUAAUUUACUUUUGAUAUUUAAAAAGUCAGAACUCAAGGUUAUUACAUAAUCACCGGCUUGCACAGAAUUUAAACGAGCUGAUGUGUUCACACUAACUCGAGCAGUUUUGCACAUGCAGAUACAUCUCUUGACAAAUAUUAAGUUGUCUUGUUUUCUCACUGGGAAGCCUAUGCAAAGUGCAAUUUAAUUGUUUUAUGUAAUACUAAUUUGGAGAUUUGGCUGUUACCCUCAUGCCCACAGCAUGUGACCCAGACAGCCUUAAAGGAUAUUUUCCAGUCAGGCAAUUGGGCAUGCUGUACGAAAGCACUUCUUUUUUUCCUUUUUUAGAAUAGCAGGAUAAUUUUUAAACUGUUUAUCUUCCAUCCUUGAUUUUCUCAUUCCCACUUACUAACCUCAAGCCAUCUCUCGGUUGGAUCAGUAACAUUAAAACAUGGUUUCACUAUAACUGGAAAAGUUUUAUUUUAAUGAUCUUUGAAAGUGUAUGAAAGACAUCUGAUACCGGAAUACUUAGAACAGGUUGUCUGGUGAGAAUUCUGGGCACAUCUGUAAACACUGGCACCCAAUAUGAAAUUCUUAGCAGUUUAUUUUCGCAGAUGCUGGCCUCGUUUUGAACUUGGGAGUGCUGAAUGCUAUCAUACAAUCACUUUAACUGAUUUUAGCCUAUGUGGAGCUAAAAAUAUGUUAACUUAUGUUGAGGGGAGGAUAGGGAAUGUGAAAUUAUGUUGCUUAGGCUACAAUGUCAAGAAGAAAAACUUCCGAACCAACUUGUUUUUCUGUGGGGAUGGGAAGGAUAAGCAUCACGUUUGAGAAACUUCGUUUGUUGAGGCAGGGGGAGCGAAAACCUGCGUGUAUUCCAAAAGUCAAAAUAUGGCUUUCAGCAAACUUUGCACUAAUUGAUUUUCAGUUUACAGUGAUUGAUGACAUUGCAUGUCUGCUUUUCAUCAAGUUAUUACCAUAAACCCAUCUUGCUGUUUUUGCAGGAGUUUUAUUUUGUCACUUUUCUAGCUUAAUGUUUAAGUAUGUAAAUUGAGGUAGGGGGUUAGACCACCAUCACUGACGCAAUUAAUAAAAUUCCAUAGAAUGUUUUUGAUAAAUUUUGAAUUUCAAUAGUCUGCUGACAAGGUAUUGCCUAAUGCCUUGAUGGUGUAAAGCUACAUGGAUGGCUUUCUAAGUUGCACGCUGUUUCCCUUGCUAAGUCAUUUUCAUUUGGUGGAAACCACUGCAAUGUCAUCACCAUUUGAAGGAUAGAUAGCACUUAACAACUUUAAUGAGUUAACUGUACCAAACUGUUACUUCAGUAACUAACUGUAGCGUGCACUUGGAAAAAGAAUAAACACCAUACAAAUUGGAUACUGCCUUUUUCAAUUGCACGUGUUUACUUGGAAUUAAUUCAAAAUUACUCCAUUUUAGGAAUUUUUUGUCUUCCCCUUCCAUUUACUCCUGUUGUUUCACUUCGGCUUUGUGGGGGCAAGGCAAAGUUCAACUUGGAAAGUAAGUGUAUUAGCACUAAUGUGGGAAAGUUUUGGAAGUUUUAACUGCCACUUCAAGAGGACUGUGUUUAUUUUGCUAAUUGUUUUCAGUAGCAAAUCAGAAAGGGUUGGCCUUCCUUUUCUUUAUCUAUCUUUUCCUGUGUCCCUCCCACAUACAUGUGUGGGCAUUACUAGCCGAGUGCCCAGUGUUUUUAAAAGUGUGUGAUAUGGUGCCAAAUAAGUAUUCAACAAGCAGAAGUUUAACUGGUAGCUUUUCAGCUGUUCAGUAUUUGUCAUGUGAUCAAGUUUUUUGUUCAUUUUUUACACAGUGAACAUAGUUAUGAAAGGUUUUGAUUACAAAUAUAAAAAAUUGUUUUGAAGCCAGUACAUUAGUUUUUCAGAUUUAUUGAAGCUCUAGGCCUCUCUGACAGAUCCCAAAUGUUUAUUUGACACACUUAAAUAGUACAAGUAUUACUAUACUAUUGGAGUGUCUAAUUUAAGUAUGAUAAUAAAGAACUGUGAAUUAAGUUAUGCUUCCAGUUUGCGUGACAGCAUAUUUCAGUGACGAGUGAAUAGUUGUCAUUUUUGCAAGUUUCUGAUUUGAACUUCAGGAACACUGUUGAAUAAUUGUUUCAUCAUUAAUUCCUGUGAAGUUUCCUCCCUUUGAUUACAGUUCUCUCAACUGGGGAAUGGAACAUUGCCUACCACAACCUGUCCAGGUCCUGUGAGUACUUGAAUAUUGGGGUGAAAGAUUUCUACCAAUUUUUCCCUGUCCUUUUUGUGGGUUGGGGGAAACACUUAGAUUUAUCAAGUUAGCUUUCUGGAGCAAAACAUGGACAGUGGAAUUCAAACAGCUGCUAAAAAGGAAACAACACCAGUACCAAUUGCAGAUUAACACAGUGUUAAAAUGUGACACUUUAGUAUCACACUUCAAUGUUUUUACCUGUCCUUGACUUAUCAGACUAAGUUGAAAUAUCUUUGCUUUGGCCUAAUUUGGGUAAUAUAGCAAUUGUUACAAAUGUUGAUAUGUUGUUCAUUCCCAAACUAAUUCCAUUGUAGGCUUGAAAAGCUAUGUGAGAGAAUUUCUGGCUGAUUGCUAAUACUGCUGCAUGUGGCGAGCUUGUAGUUUGUGCUAACACCUCUGAUACGAUGGAGUCAGGAACAUCUAGCUUUGAUACUUAAACUAAAAGUUUUACAAUUCACAGAAUGUUUGUUUAUUUGCAGUUGAGAUGUGCACACCCCUUGCUAGACUAGUGCUUAGUACCCAAUCCUAAUUAACCUUGAAUGUGAUGGUGAGCUGCUAUGGUUCAUAUGGCAAAGGUUUGGUUCAAUUUUCAUGUGUAGGAGACCUUUAUAACCUGAAUGUAAUAGGGUGAUGCCAUUAUAUGUAGACCAUUUGCCUGCAAUUCAGAACAUAUAAUGUAGGUAGUUGAAAGUUUGACUACCUGCAGUAAAUUAUUCCUUUGCAUAGUUUUACUGCUAUGAUGAAGAAGCAAAGACUGAGCACUUCCUGCAGAGUACUUGAUAAGUUUCACCUUAAUUUUAGCUGGUAAUUUAGGAAAUUCUUAGUAGCUGCAAGUUGUGCUUGUGAAUAGAAGUAAAAUCUGCUUAAGGUUUCCAUCAUUACUUUCUAUCCAUUCACAUCAUGUACCCAUUCUCAGUUCUUGCAACCAUACUGCUUUUAGAUCCAACUUAGUGCGGUGUUGGUGUUUUGGAUGAAAUGAUGACAAAGAAUUUUACACGUUGCUGAUUUUUAACCAGGUUGUAUUUGAGUUUUGUGAAAUAUUAGUGAUUUGGGGAUGCCAUCCCAAAUUGUGGAGAAUUCAUGAAAAUUGAGAUCAGAUCUAGAUUCAUUAUAUCAUAGAAUCCCUACAGUGUGGAAGCAAGCCAUCUGGCCCAUCAAGCCCACGCCAAUCCUUCAAACAGCAUCGGACCCAGACUCACUCCCAACCCUAUCCCUGCACUUUCUAUUCUGGACAUGAUGGGCAAUCUAGCGUAGCCAAUCCACCUAACCCGCACAGCUCUGGACUGUGGGAGGAAACCGGACCACCCACAGGAAACCUACACAUGCAUGGAGAGAAUGUGCAAACGCUACACAGACAGUCUCCCAAGGGUGGAGUUGAACCUGGGUGCCUGGCACUGUGAGGUAGCAGUGCUAACCACUCUGCUGUCCCAAAUAAAUGAAAACCUGUUCCCAUGGGUGAAAAUAGGGAUCAGCAUAAGGUGGCCAAUUUAAGGUGACUGGUGAAGAAAGCAAUAAUGUUAUCAAAACACAUGCUUUAAUGUGCUGCUUGAGUGUGCUCAGUUGCAAAUUCAGUUAUGGCUUUUAAGAAUUAUGGAACCACCUGACGAGAGGGCCGUAGAUUGAGUGAUUAGCUGAAUUUCUCGGUGGUGAUAGUGGUGGGGAGCGGGGUAGAAAUUGUUGCCAUUCCCUGACUAGAAUCUGGCUUGUUGUGAAACAGCCCUGGCUAUAUUACUUAGGGUAAUGAUAUGCUUUUGACAUGGGGGCAAGCCAGAUUGUCAAGUCAUGUGGAUAUCAGUAACAGGAUCUUGGCUUCUAGCAGUUGGUUUUAAAUGUUUCUGCUUUCUCACUGUGAAGACCAUGUCACACUCCAUGAUACUGUUUAGCUCUGGCUAUGUCCAAAAAUAUCUCAAUGACUGUCUCUCUUCCCCAUUUACAGGAGAGGAACUUGGCCUCCCCAGUAUCUUGAUUUGAUGUAGUGCAGAAAAUUCUAGAUAAACCUGCGAUCUGCAAUGUUGGGACAUUUUGUUACAGUUGCAUUAUGGCUUUUCCUGCUAGUUAAAUUUGGUGACUUGAGUGUUUUUUGCCGUUUCCCUGUUUGUGUAAUUGGUAUGUAAAUGUCAUACAGAAUAAUUGUGGGGGUAAAAAGGCACUAAGUAGAACAUUAGUUUGCCAAUCCUAUUUCAGCAUUUCUGAGGGUUUCAAAUCUCUGCAGAAGUGAACCAUUUGUCUUGUAUGUGUUUGAAGACAGCUGGUGCCAAUAUUUUUUAACAGGGUUGGUGCUACAGUAGCAGGCUUAGCUAAAGGUGUAGGGUAAGUUGUUAAGGUAGUUGCAUCUUGAGGGAGCAGGAACACAUGAAAGCAAGUGUCUGCUCUUUCUGCCCAACUGCUUGGUGAUUUGUCCUGAUGCUUAUGUUCUUUUUAGACAUAGGAAAUAGGGACAGGAGUUGGCCUGAACCAAGUGACUGUUUGGUCCCUUGAGCCUGUUCCACCAUUCAAAAGGAUCACGGCUGAUCCUAUAUUCCUCCUGUCCACUUUUCCUGUACUUUUCCCUGUCACUGAUUCCGUUACCAAUGAAGAAUCUAUUUAUCUCAGUCUUAAAUAUACACAAACUAUUCACCCUUUGGCAAGGGGAUAAAUAAACACUCAACCCUCAGAAAUUCUUCCUCAUUUCAUGCUUAAAUUGGUUCCCCAUUAUUCUGAGACAGUGCCCUCUGGCCCUAAGGACGGGAAACAUCCUCCCAGCAUUUACCUUGUCAGACCACGGAAGAUUCCUAUGUUUUAAUGAGAUCACCCCUCAUUCCAAACUCCAGGGCUUUUGUUAUUCCACUUGUGUGGUUGGGUUGGCUGACCCAAAUUUCUUGGUGUACACAAUCAAUGUCCGUUUUGAAAUGGUCCAUAUCCAAAGUCUAGCAUUAGUAUCAGACCUAAGUGAGAGGCACUAAAUGCUGCUAAUCUGAGUACAAGCUAAAUUUAUACCACACUAUUUUAUGCUGAUGGCUGUCAUUUUGGAUGUUUCAACCCCACUCCAUUCCACAUUUAUUGUCUUGAUUUGCAUUUUGUUAAUUAAAGGCAAUCUGAAGACAGGAGUUGAUGCAGAUGUGACAACUGGUUUAAAACCUGCAGUACGUUGUAAUGAAAGAGGGGAAUGCUUCCAAUUCAUCCUGACUAGUCUGGCUCUCUUUAUAUCGGGAAUCUAAGCCAAAGGAAAGCCCUGCUUUCUGUUGAAUGUUCCACACUCAAAAUCUAACACCAUGGCAGCGAGAAUCACCACUGGGUGUACAGGAAUUUGUAUUGUCAUGACUGACUUGUGUAAGUUGUUUUUUGAAUUGCAUAAUCUUUGAUCUGAUAGGAUCAGAAUGAGGCGAAGGGCAUGGGAGUUGAAACUGCCCAAUCUGACUUCCAGCAAGUGAGGUCAUUGUAAGUGGGAACCCUGUGUGAGCGUUUCCGAACUCGGUUUGUAGUCUUCUUGCCGUCACUGUCGCUGGGUCAAGAAUCAUAAAAUCCUACAUUGCAGCAAGGGGGCCUGUUUGUCCCAUGGAGUCUGCUUUCACUCAUCAAAGAGCAGUCCUUGCUUUUAAACCAGUUUUUGCAUUUUAGUCCACAAUCAAUAAUAUGGAAAAGUAAAACUACGUGCUGUUCAUGAUGCUCCCAAGCUGCUCCUGCCUCGAGGGUUGAUGUUGCAGGUUAGGAAGGUGCAGCUAAGGGUGAUUUAAUGGAAUGCUACUGUGCAUCUUGUCGAUGCUACUCCGUAUUAUUGUGAUGGAGGGAAUUAAUGUUUCAUGCCUUUGGAGUGUUGAUCUAGCGGCCUGCUUCAUCCUGGAUCUCUGUAAAUUGAAUCUGGGAUCUUCCUGAUCUCCAUAGUUUAGGGACAAUAAAUAUUUUCUUGCACCCUUGUUCCCUGACACUGUACGCAUAGAUGGAAUGAGUAUUACAAAGAAUGCACUGGGAGUAUAGACAUUUAACAUUUGUUUAGUCAAAGCCAUAUAUGAAGGAGGAACCUGAUUUUCAAAAAAGAACCUCAAUGUCUCAAAAGACUCUUUAAACAUCAGAGCCACAUGAAGAUACAGCUCAAAUUAGAUCUUGCAUGCACUUAAUGGUCUUUGCAGUUUCAGGAUGUCUCAAAAUGUUUCCUAAAUAAGUAUUUCUGAAACCAGUAAUUGUUGAAAUAUAGAGUUCAAAACUAUGACCAUAUUUGUCUAAGCCCAUACAAACAAUGCGAUAAAAUGCCUGUUGUGGACAGAGACAAGGAUUGGUUGUAGAUGUUUUCUUUAUUUGCAGUUGUGACCACAAGCUGAGUUUGUACUCACGCUCAGUUUUAAGAAUACGUUAGUCGUGGUCAAGGUUGUUGCGAUUUUCUGCCUGAAGGUUUUGUGAAACUAUUUGAGCAAAGUAAUAGCAGAAAUGGCUUAAUCUAUCCUCAGGCACAAUGUGCAUUGACUAUUUUUAAAACUGAAGGAUUAAGUUUUUGAAUGUGUUUUAGCUGAGUGUACAAAAAAUACAUUACUGAUGCUGUGUAUAUGUUGUAUUUUAGAACUUCAUCAUGUGCAUUACACUUAGAAUGUUAUUUUCCACAAUGUAGUGAAGUUUAUUUUGCAGAAAAGAUGUGAAAUUUGAAGCAAGUAAACAGGAAGUAUCACAUUUGACUGUUCAUGUUUCAAAAAUGUAAAUGUGCCAAACAAUCAGCACCAUUCUUCUCCGAGUAUAAACUACAAUAUUUUUGAAAUUUGGCAUUUUUGUAUUUGUCUUCAUGAGAAGACUGAAUACUGUUCAAAAUAUUGCAAUGUUCUGUUUAUUGACAGGCGCAUAUGGAAUGUUCUUCUAUGACUGUCUUUUCAACACAGUAGGCACUUGAGGGACAUAAAGGUAAAGGCUGGGCUACCAUCAACCCAUAGGCUACUCUCAUUAGAGAGAAAUGGCUGGUGCUGAGUUUGACUUGACAGUCACAACACCAAGCAGUGAUUGAGGUUGUGAAGAUGAGGCCGCCUUGGUGUUCAAAAUGGAUGACUCUGACCGUGAAAGAAAUAUUUUCACAACUGAAAAACUGAACUCCACCUUCUUCACUCCACUUUUGAACUCAAGUUCUUGAAGACAAGUAAUAGAUGGUGUCUCCUGACACCCACUGGACAAUAGAUAUGUAGGCAGGAAUAUAUACAAAUAUUUAGAAUUUAUAUUAUUAUAUAUUUAUAGAAUUAAAAUA